AUGGACGAUCAAGAUAUCCCGCUAAAGAUCCAGUAUCUAAAGCUAAAACGGAUCAACGAGUUAAACCGGAAGCUGAAACAAGAGCUGGCCAGAGAUAGAAUUACCGCCUCCAAUGCAUGCUUAUCAAUUAUAGACUUCGCCACUUCCCACAAAGAUUACGCCAUCCCUGAGAUCUGGGGCCAUCCAAUGCCAGGAUCUAACCCACACAGGAUCAACAAUCCUAAUUUACAUAGACGCGCGCAAAGAGGAAGUUCUAGCGACAGCAGCUGCUGUGUCAUCAUGUAA